UCGCUGGUGGUCGGUAGUUUGCCCCUAAAAUUAGCCACAGUGACAUAUUGAAGAGUGCGUUGAAGCGGGCGGGUCACGGUGCCCCAUCCAAGGGUCCCCUUGCUAUUAAGCACAAAAGCGGUGCCCUGGGAAAAUCAACUGACGCGUAACUAAACGGUGUAUCAUUAAUUCCAACACACUUCCAACGUCCCACCUCUAUGUUGCUCCCAUAAGUGGCUUGGCUCUGUGCUUUGAUACCUGAAACCAAUUGCUGAAUGGAAAAGUUUUCAAAUAAUUGAUGGGAAAAUGAAACAUAAUCAAAGACAGUUUGCUAAUUAAAAAUUGAUGAGGAGGCAAUAAUGAGGAAGAACAGGAACACUUUAUGAAAUUAAAUAGGUAAUUUUUGAAUAUAAUUUAUAUGAAGAUGAAACAUAAUCAAAGACAGUUUGCUAAUUAAAAAUUGAAGAGGAGUCAAUAAUGAGGAAGAACAGCAACACUUUAUGAAAUUAAAUAGGUAAUUUUUUAAUAUGAUUUAUAAAAAUUGAAGAGAAGGCAAUAAUGAGGAAGAACAGGAACACUUUAUGAAUGAAAUUUUUUGAAAUGAAAUAGGUAAUUUCUGAAUAUAAUUCAUAUGAAGAUUAAACAUAAUUAAAGACACUUUGUUAAUUAAAAAUUAAAGAGGAUGCUGUAAUGAGGAAGAACAGGAACACUUUAUGAAUGAAAUUUUUUGAAAUGAAAUAGGUAAUUUCUGAAUAUAAUUCAUAUGAAGAUUAAACAUAAUUAAAGACACUUUGUUAAUUAAAAAUUGAAGAGGAGGCAGUAAUGAGGAAGAACAGGAACACUUUAUGAAUGAAACAUUUUGAAAUGAAAUAGGUAAUUUCUGAAUAUAAUUCAUAUGAAAAUGAAGGAUGGUUGAAGGUAAAAAAUUGAACCAAUAAGGAUUCAUGAUAAUCUCUGGUUAUCAUAGUCAGCCUCUGUCAGCUUUUUCACCCCUGGAUAUUUCACCUUACGCGAGAGAGCGUUUUCACGUUGAAGCUGUCGAGCAGAAACGUCGAUUCCUCGGCUCGGAUUAUCGGCGUUCACCUUCGGCGAUGGAGGGCCAUUGAUUGGCACAAAAGAUCCUCCUGAAGGGUUCCCAACUGUUUCAAGUUAUAGGAAACUUAAGAAAAUUAAAAUUGAAUUGUGGAAGAACAGAAGAUAUCUUCAACAUCCACAAGUAGCGAUAAAGUUGAAGUUGAUAAACGUAAACCAUUUCUGAAGAACCGCACGCUUCAUAGGACCCGUGACCAUCACGACGGUGGUCGUUGGUCGAGGCAAACAGGCUUUGGACCACCAAGCCUAUUUGGUACACGUGUCCUUGCACGUUGAAUCUCGAGGAUCCUCCCCUCACUGGGGCAAAGUAGAGACCGAGCUGGUGACAAAAGGCUGCACGCUUCGGCACGUGGCCGCCGUUGGGACGACUUCAGGGCACCAGUAAGUGCCAGAAAGCAAAGGGGGGUCCAGAAGUCUUUUCCUCCUCUGCCAUGUUGCCUCCUAGCAAGGAGCUUUAUCAAUUAAAAUUGACAAUGGUAUUUUGGAUAAUUGAUACAAAUAGAUUCAGUUCAAUGAUGGCACUUAAGCUCACGUCCCUGUGCGUUCUCUUCUCUAUUCCACCCUGCUCUCUUUUCAACGUCGGACCGUCGAUUGGCCACAAUUCAGUGUCGCGUCGUUGCACACAGUUUGCGGCGGUGAACGUCAAUUGCAUUGCGCCGCAUAUUUCAUUUCAGUCUGGUCCGCUUAAAGGGAAUCUAAUGAUAAACCUUGAGGAGAAGGAAAAAUCAAAUGGUAGAUGGAAAAGCCAAAUCUGUGGAAGAUUAAUUUAAAAAUAUGAGAAUCGUAUCAUAAAUAAAACAGAUGCUUCAUAUGAUCAUGGAACGUGAAGGAAAAAAUAGAGAAUCAGAAAAAUUCUAGAGUUUACCUUUCCCAAAGAACAGUUCAAACAGAUUGGUGGUUGAAAAGAUUUGAUGCAUGAACGAGAGUGGAAAAAAUUGUAGAUCCUCGAAGCAGAUUCUCCCCUUCUUCUCUACCCGGCUACGUGACAAAUUGAGAUAAAUAAUUGUUUGCGGGUAUACACAAUGCUCUCUUGAAAUUUGUCACGGCGAUCCUCGAAACGGCACGCUCCGGAACGUUUGCGGGACUGAUACUCGUAAAAGCGAUACUCGAGCCGCAUCUGGUUCACAUUUUACUCUGGAAAAUGAUACUUCAAGAUCUGAUCGAUAUUAACCGGGAUCUAUAGGAGACUGCCAGUCCCUCUAAGGAAGCAUCAACAAGCCACACACCAUGAAAUUCAAUUCCAGCCAAUGGAUAAUAUCAAAAUAUGCAAAUUGAACGUGAAAGCAAGAGAGGAAGCUGAAGAAUUAGAUGAGCCAAAGGAGUAUUUAAACCAUCUUAACACCCAUUGGUGACCCAUAUGGGUGACGCUUGAAUUUUAAUAGGAAUCCAUCACUCAUACUAUUAGAAAUUCUUUGACCUACUUAAUUGGAAAUACUUGUAUUAGAUACUUGAAAUUGUGGAUAAAAAGUGAAGACAGAAGUAAUACUUAAUAGAAUUUUCAAUUCAAAGUGUUAAAGAGGACUAACUAUUAAUUGUUUAAGGAGUAUAAAAUUGAAAUAAAUUCAUGAUCAACUACAGGGUUUAAGGAGCGUCCAUUCGGGAGGAAACGAGCUCUCCUCGUCACGAAAAGGAUUAUUCCUCCUCGUUUCUCGUUGGUCCAUCCAGAACCUCCUCCUCCUCCUGUACGAUGUCAGAGGGUUGGAAAACGAUGGAAAUAAAAUUUCACCCAGGCAGUAACAAUGAACCGCAGCAGUGUCGGGGUUGAAGUUCUGGUUAUUAACCGAUUGGCCAAUCGCUGAUCAUUCUGAUAGACGGUCGCACCCCUGGCACGGUCGCUAUUGGUCGAGGUCUCCGCCCAGGGGUUGGUAUCGAUCAUCCCCUUAGCUCUGCUAUAUAAACCAGUCUCCCCAGGGACUCUGCCGAUAGUCUGAAUCGUUGUUGUCCCCGUGGACAUUCUUGGCCUCCACGUGAAGUGUCCCUGAAGAGCUUAGAAAGUUACCUCUUCAUCAAAUUGAUAAGCAGGCACAAAAGUAAUAAUUACAAGUGAAUGUUCAGAACGUUGGGGAGGAUUUCUUCGGAUCCUCAGCUCCUUUGAAGGUUCAUCCUUUGGAUAGAUUGACUCUAGAGGUUGCAAGUGAAGUGAUUAAUGAGCUGGUGAGGAGGAGAGAAGCGGAAUGGCGAGUCAUUCUACGUACGAGUACGAGGACAGAGGCCAGAGGAUGCGACAUAGGGUCGGUACCACUUCCAGAGCUGCUGACUCCACUGUGGCAUGCACCAGUAGUCAGUACUAUGUGGGCCCUAGCAGUGACAUCAGUGAAGAAGAUCUCGUGGAGCUACCUUCCUGCGUUUACGCAGGGAGAUCCAGUCAACACGUUCCACAUACAUCCUCUCAUACUCAUUCUCCUCUCCAUUACCAUAUGCCAGUUUCUACACCUGAUCAUAACGAUACAGAGUUAAAUGGUGUAGAAGAGGGCUAUUAUCCAAACGGCAGCCCCUACAGAAUCCAACGGCACGCCGCGAACAUAAGGGAAAGGAAACGUAUGCUCAGCAGCAUCAACUCGGCUUUCGACGAGCUACGAGUUCACGUACCAACGUUCCCUUACGAGAAGAGGCUAUCGAAAAUCGACACUCUUCGUCUGGCGAUAGCUUACAUCGCUCUCCUCAGAGAGGUGCUGGCCGCCAGGCUCGACCCGUUGACUUACGUCGAGAGGUGCCUUAGGGGAGAGAUAAACGGGGAACGUGCUGAAUGGAAUACCAGUGAUUUGACAGCACGCUUAUCAUGGAUAAACUGGGAGAACCUUGGAGUGAACCCUAAUCGACGAUCGGUAUUAACAACUCUGGCUCUUACCACGGACAAUAUGAACCAUAAAAUGGAGAACCGAAAACAAAUGGUACCAGGGGAGAAUAAUUCCGACGGCAAGGAGGACGAUGACGUGAGUGUGAUUGCUAUAAUAGAAAAAGAAAACGAUCGGUCAUUGAGACACGAGCAAACGGAGAAAACGGAUGAGAAACAAGAAAAUCGACGAGUGAUCGAGGACAAAAAAUAUAAGGAGGACAGUGAUUACGUGCGUGAUUCGACAGAAACCAGUAGCGGAGCCUCGACUUCCGGCGGUGGAGUUAGCAAAAUAAGAAGAGUCUAUCGAGCUGUAAGAAAAACUCACAGCGUGACGGAAGUACGUAGGAAUCCGAUACGCGCGAAGAAGAAGGAUCCAGAUAAAAAUUUUCCCCGAUUAAGACAGCGAUUACUUGCCGCGAAAAAGAAGGAAAUGCUUUUCAGUUCGGAGGAUGGUAAACGAGGAAAAUCUUCCACUAAGCCUUACAUGAACACCAGAUCAGUGACACGAAAAAUGUACAAUGUAGGAGCCACUUAUCAGGCACCCACCAUGAAGGAUGCACUGGAAUGGAAAGAGUGGCCCGUACAUGGAAUGCACGAGAGACCAGUUUUCCAUCCUCAGCUUGGUCUGGCCGCAGAAUAUUUGGGCCGAUAUUUCACAAGCUUCGACGGGCUUUCUUACUGUGAGAUAAUUAAUCGGCCGGAAAUAGAAGUGGUAUCCGUCGAUCCUCACUGCGAUUCUCUUCAUUCCUCUUUCGAAAAAAAACGUAGUAAGAAAAGCAAAUCGAGUAGAAGCUUCACAAAUAUUAGAAACUCGAAAGAUCCAUCAGAGAAGGUGAAAUCCUUUGAAAGUUGUAUGCAUGAAAGUUUCCACUGUGUCCUUGGUUAUUGCUCCCAAGUGAUGACUCCUACUUAUAAAACCAACGUGGAGGGAAAGCUGGAUAUGUUAAAUGAAAAGAAGAAUUCAUCUACAGUCGUUAAAGAAACACCGAAACAAUCAAACAUUGUCGAACAGACUCCUAGGAAAGAUUCACCAAAUAAUUCCAAGGAAAAUCUACAAAAACCCAUUGAAGAAAAUAGAAUGGAUAAUUACACAGCUGUUAUGAUGCCACAGAACGCGAAGAACUUUAAUCAAAUUCCAAAAACUCAAUUGUUCCCAGCACAGAAAGUCUACCUUGCUAAUUCCCAAAAAUCAAUCGCCUUCGCUAACAUGAAAACGCUUCAGGGAGGACAGGUGAAGAUUCAAGAUGCAGUACGACCGUCCAAGAACCCUUUCAUACUGGUUAACACUUCAGACAUAAAGGACACACGGUUUGUAAAAUCCACCCCAAGCACUGUGAACACAAAAGCUGAAGACACAAUCGUUGGUGAAGAAAAUUUAGGCGAGCUGUCGUCGAUAUACAAACACUUUGACCUGAGCGAACAAUUUGGCUCAAAGAAAGCUCCAACGAAACGCGAGAAGAAGGUAGAGUUCGCUAUGACCAGAUACCUGCUUAAUACCGCUAAACACACCAAGAUUCAAAUACCAAACGCUGGGGAAGGGAAAUUGUAUUAUGAAAUACCCUGCAAAGGACUGAAAGUCAAAUCACCUUCUACCACUUUGAAUAAGACCUGCUACAGCAAUGAAGCCACGGAGAUCGCCAAGAUUCUCUCUGAGUACAAUAAAAAUACCAUAAAGAAACCUGCCUCGGAGAACGCUUCUUUCUGCCCUGGGAAGAACACGAGGGUCAACGAACUUUCCUGCAAAGAUGAGAAUACGAGUCAGAACUCUCAGGAGACUUGUAUAGAGAAGAACACACAGUUAACGUUCUCCCAUGGUAAGUGGAGGCGGUUUCACUUGACUAUGGGGAAGGCGAGAGACCUGAAAAGUAUCAGAAACGAGGAGAAACUUUUGCCGAAUAGGCAGUCGUUGUUCAGGAUCAAUCCGACUGGGCUGCGUUCCUCGCCAGGGGGGAUGAUCGAGGUGUCCAAGCACCUGGAACUGCUUCAACGUAGGCAAACUAACGUGGAGAACGUGGAGGAGAAGAAGAGGGCGUCUGCAACGAGCGACGAUGUCGAUUCAACAGCUCCUAAGAUGCAGUACUUGCAGGAACUGUUGGAAGAUACAGCCAUGUUGUACUGCGCUGCUACUGGUACACAUCAGGAUGAUCUAGCUAAUUAUAUUGACACUUUGGACGCUGUACAAAGCGUGCAAUGGUUGGAAAGCUGCAAGAAUUCAAUAACAUGAGUACUAUUUAAAAAAAGGGAUUACAAGCUUUAUGAAUUUUUAUUACAUUUUUCACAAUAUUCUUCUUCAUUCAUUGUUCUUCCAUAAUUCUGUUUUAGUUAAGUCAUCGCAAAGCAAAGAUCCAUCGUUUGUUUUUAUUAACGAAAGCAUCAGACAAUCGACACAGUAUAAACAUUUUAUAUUGUUUACAAUAUAACCAGGUACCUUUCAACAUUGCAACAUUAAUGAUUUGUGGUGGAGUGCAAAGAGCUAAUUAGUACGAGAUGUUUUCUUUAAUUUCGUAGUCAACACCAUGCCGUCAUUGACCCCGGCAUGUAUGAAAAGCAUGCAGGUAACGAGGAUCGCGGAAUAGACGAAGAAGAGCGCGAUUAUGCCGAGGCGUCUUUGUCAGUCUCUAUCUUGUCGCCGUUUUCGGUGAACGUACCUGAGGAGAAUAGAAACCGUUUUAUUUAACAAAAUUUUAUUUAUGGUUCUGAUUCACUUUCCUCGGUGACAGUCUUUCCAGCGACUUCUUCAGUGGUCGACUCCUCUUCGCUAUUGUCUUUGCACUUCCUACUCCUGCUGGAGCUUUUACUGGAGUCGUCCUGUUUGGAUUUCAACCUGGUGCUCUCGGAGAAAUUCCUGUCUCCUUUGGUCGAUGGUUUUCUGUCGACUUUCCGUCUACGUUUCUCUUCCUCCGUUGAAAUCUCGCGUUUGGAAUCAUUUUUGCGCGAUGAUUUCUUCUUGAUUUCAAUCCUUUCUAAUUUUCCUUGUUUCCCAGAACUUGACGUAGAGUAAUCAAUGUCUUGGCGAGUUUUUCUGUAAGAUUUUAAGAAGUUGAGAAGAAUAAUUAUUUAAAAAGAGAAAAUAUUAUGCACCGUUUAGGACGAGUAUUUCUUGGAGAGGAGUCAAACUGGUCAUCUUCUUCUGUGGUUUCUUCGCUCUGCGAGUUUCUUCUUCCGCUUGUUCCUGUUCUCUGUCUGUACCACGUACAAACGAUACAGUUGCAGAAGAAUAACCAAAGUGUUUUUGCACGUGAAGAAAAUGUUCAUGUAGCUGACAAUAUGGUAAUGAAUGAUUAGAAUAAGUCGAAAUGCAAGAAAUGGUCCAUCCUGUAACAAAUUUUAUAAGAGACUUCAUCAGAAACUGGAACGAGAUGAAAAUUAAUUUUUAAUUUAAUUGUCUUCAUGUGUAAAAUUACAAUUAUUGAAUCACUGUUUCAUAGGGUGGUGGUUUCUCGCUUCCGGACGAGAGCCGCGACUUCCUGGACUUGGUCGCCGUCAGGACUACGGUAAAUUGCAUCAGGGACCACGCCCAAAUUCCUAGGGUCAAAUAAACCAGCACAGGUUCACGUGCUAUACGAUCCUCUUUGAACGAAUCGAAAAACUCGAUGAUGUCCGCUGCUGUUCCAAUGUAAACUAAUAACAACUGGCUUAAUUGGUCGCGGGUUAAGUCACCUUUUGGUAACAUCCAUCUUCCAAUGAUCAGAAUCAGCAUCAGGAAUUGUUCUAUUAAAGUCACCCAGGUUUCUGUGGAGAUCCGUAUGUCUGGCAGGUAGAUGUUCACCUGAAUCAUCAAUCAAGACAAAAAAAUGAUUUAAAGAAGAAACUAGACUUCUACUGAUUAUUUGUUCAGAGGGAAGAAAUACCCACGCCAAAUGCUUUCUCCAAGUGUUUUAAGUCUUCAGCUGCUAAAUUGCCAUAUUGCAGGCACUACACUGCUUAGAUACAGGAAAACAGAAGGACAAAACCUGUUGAAGAAGAAAGAAAAUUGGAUGUUAAUCAAUUAAUAAUAUCAGGCAUAUUUCUGCUGAAUCUCCGUCCAAUCGAUCACACAAUAUGAAUGGAAAAGGAUAUUAGAAAAAGGGGGUCACUGUUACGUAGCCUUUUCUAUAUGUCGAUAAUUUUCGACCUGCUUCUACCUAUAGUGGAUUGUGUCUCGUCCCGCUCUUCUUACUAAUGCUUCAAUUUCCGACUGUCAAAUUGAGAUGAACCCACAAAAAACACGCCCUUCUUUCAACGGGAAAGUAGGCUUGUUUUAUCAUUUGAAUUCCCUUCUAAGGGUGUUAAUAUUAUUCAUAUAUACUUUGAUAAAUCCUUCACAUAUCUGAUCUUUUAAAUAUUUAAACAUUUCAAAAGAUAAAUAAAAUUUCUUAAAGAAUAAUCAAAAUGAAAAAGAAAGCGUGAAGAUCCCCUCGAAGAAGAGUAACAGAAUUGGACAACUCAGGUACCAGAAGAGAGGAUUCUUUUUAAACGUGGUAACUUGCCAAAUUGCGAUGAAACCAUGAGCCGCAAAAACUAGCCGUGUAAUAAUUGCUUUAAUAGUUGCUAAAAACUUUGCCAUUGUUAUAAAAUAUUUUACUGUUUAAUUAACACUUCACUAUAUUCAGUGGUUUUAUAGCGACGCGCAGGAAAGAAAUAAAACUAAGCUUUUCUGUUAAUUUACACUUGGAACACUACAUUUUUCACGGUGGUUGAUAUAAAAGAUUAUUGUUUAGUUGAGUGCGGUUCAACUGGAGUUCACUGUACCAGAACUGAAAUAAAGCACUAAGGAUUACAGAGGGUUUGGAUUUCAGGCCGCCGUGCGCAUGCGUGCUUGUAUCCUGUAAAAUUUAACUGAAUAAGCAAUAAGUUAAUUGAAUUUCGAAUAACAGUGUUUUGUAGAGUAUAUAAAUUAUUAUUGUUUAAAUUAUUUGGUAUAUUUAACGCUGAAGAACGUAUAGUGGGGGGACGGUAAAAGGGGAUGAUCAUUCUUUAUAGCUUGCGCUAGACGCGCAACUCCUCAGUAGGACGCGAACUGCAGUGGGGGGAGGACCGCUUGUUUCCUUUUCCUUCAUUUUUUAACUUCUUUGGAUAUUUCAAAGAUUGAAAUAAGACAUCCUUUCCACUUAACAUUACUUUGAAUAUAAUUGCAUUUUUAUUUUAAUUAGAAAUACAGAAAUUUAAAUGAAAGUAAGCAUGGAUUUUACUUUCAGGAUCUUUCGGAAUUUUUAUUGACCGAUAUUUAUUACAUUUAAUUAGAUAUUACAAUUAUAGUACAAUGUAAUGCAUAAUGGUUUACCGAAUGAAGAAAUUCUGAUUAUUUCAGGUAAUAUAUUGCAAUUUCUACUCGUUUAAAUACCACUAACUAUGAUUGAAAGAUAGAUUCAGUGCCUGUUUCAGAGUUUAUUAUUGCUCAAUAUAACAAUGGUUAACACAUUAAUAUUUCUAUAGAAAGUUUAUAUAAGUUUACAAUCUCACUCCAAUGGUAAUUGAGAAAUCGUGUAACGUGUACAUGAAUUAAAGCAGAGUUUCAGAAAAAUUUAUUACGAAUAUUAUUUAGUUCCAAGCCUACUCCUGUAACCAUUCGCUGUGAUCAGGGAAAACUAAGGGAAAAUAACUUAAAUGUAAUAAGUACUGUAGGAAGCUGGAAAGAAUUCAUUAAACCAGAGCCAGCCCCUGUACGCUGGGGACCCUUCUUACUCCGGUGUCGUCCCGGAUGAAAUCUCAACGGCUCGCUACAGUACCUACGUCAAUGCAACUGUACUUUGU